AUGCUCAACAAAUGGAGGAAAUCUUGGGCAAAAAAAAAUAUUAGACCCGAAAUAUUGCUUUCAUCAACAACAAUAGAUGAAAUAUCUGAUGAAAGAUUUGAUGGCCCCAGUAAUAAUCAGGAGAAUAAAAUUCCUGUGCUGAUUCCAAAUGAAAAACACAAAACAAAAAAAGCAAGUAAAAUAUUAGUCAAUAGAAAUGCUAUCUUAGAUGAAAUAAGAAAAGAUAGGAAAGAAUACCAAAGCAAAAGAUUAAAAAUAGAAGGAGAAAAAAUAGAAAUCCAGAAACAAAAAGUAAAAGAAAUUAAACGUAGAAAUGACCUUUUAGCGGAAAGAAACGAUUUGAUCAAAACUUUAACUGCGAGUGGAGAGUCUUCAUUUACCUCUUUAUUGUAA